AUGGCUGAGCCAGCAACAUCACAUUCCUACAAGCUUGGGCUCAACCAGGUCGGUUAUGCGACAUUGGUGGUCAGUAUCUUCUUUAUCAUCCUGUCCAUUGUCGCGGUCGGGCUGCGCAUCGGCACCCGGCGCAUGCUGGGGAACCGCUUGGGACUGGACGACUGGCUGGCCAUGAUCAGUGUCAUCGUCUUCAUCUGUUUUUGCAGCGACGUCCUAGUGGGAGUCUACACCUACGGGGGCGGGCAGAUCUACGCGGACCGAUUCGAGGCCCAAAAAAAGCUGGUCCAGUACAUGAAGUCAGAAUACGCCAUUCCACCACUUUAUGGAAUAAACGUAACCUUAGUGAAGAUGUCUAUCUUGUGUUUCUACCAUCGCCUCUUCUCGGUCAUCGCCUUCCGUCGCAUCAACUACGGUGUCGGUAUAUUCUGUCUGGUUUGGUUUGCGGCCGCCUUCAUCGGAGACCUACUGUACUGUAUUCCCAUCCGCCAGUUCUGGGAUCCCACUGCGGGUGGCCACUGCUUCAACUUCGCCAAUUACUUCCUGGUUAUGGAGCUUAUCGACAUAUCCCUGGACGUGGUCAUCAUCGCCCUUCCCCUAAAGACCAUUUCAGGCCUGCAGCUCUCCUUGCGGAAAAAGCUGGCGUUACUAGGCGUCUUCUUGCUUGGUGCCUUCGUCAUUGUGACUGGUGCCGUCCGCAUCGCCUAUGUCUACCGACCAGGUGACCAACUUUUGUCACUCGCCCAGGCAUCUCUCUGGUCCGUCAUUAACUUGGGAGUUGCCAUUCUGUGUUCCUGUCUGCCAAUAUAUCGCCCUUGGCUUCCAAAAUUCGGCAACCUCCCCAGUAUUCUCCGCAGUCGCUACGGCAAGUCCUCACAGCGCGACAGUAGUCACCUUCCUUCCUCCAACCCAGGUACCUCGACCACAACGAAGAGCUACUUGUCACGAUCCAUGUACUACCAUCAGAUGAAUGAUAGUCAUGGUGAUGUGCUGCCCCUAACCCAGAUUGCUGUGGACGAUCGACAGGUUCCCGGAGAGCCUUUUCAAGGGAUUAGAGUGCAGCGGGAUGUAGAGGUGGCUUAG